AUGGUUUUCAUCACGUCUUUCGUUGGAGCUGCUGCUCUCCUUUCCGGCUUCGCUGCCGCUCUCCCCCGCCCCGAUAGCUCUAUCAACGAGCCCGCCGUAUCGGCUCCUGAUGGCACCCCCAUUACCGAUACCUCAUCCCCUCAGGCAACCUCUGUUUCCACCUCAUCCAGCUAUGGCUCUUCGAACUCUGGUUCCAGCUACGGUUCCGGCUCCAGCUAUGGUAGCUCUGGUUAUGGCAGCUCCAACUAUGGUAGCGGUUCCUCCUAUGGGGGUUCUUCCGGUGGUUCGUCUGGCUGGGACUCGAGCUCCAGCUAUGGUUCAGGAAGUGGGAGCUAUGGUUCAAGCGGCGGAAGCUACGGGUCAGAGUCCAACUACGGAGGUGGUUCUAACUGGGAUUCCUCCAGCUCUGCUUCGUGGGCGACCUCCACCGCUCUGUCAACUUCUACCUCGUCUGCGUGGCAGUCUUACUCCACCCCUUCUUAUGGAUCGGGUAAUUCUAACUGGGGGAACUCUGGAUACAACGACUGUGUUCAACAAUGCAUUGCUUCUUAUGGCAACCUCCCUUCGCCAUACACUCCCACUGCCACCAAUACUGCGAACUACGGUUCGGGCGCCACCCACACCGUUAUCGUUGCGCCCACUCAGGGUGUCCUCCGCUACGUUCCCUUCGCCGUGAAUGCUUCCGUCGGUGAUACUAUCAAGUUCAUGUGGGGUGCCAACAACCACACCGUCACCAAGUCUUCCGAGCUUACCCCUUGCAACAAGACUUCGGACAACCUCUUCACAUCGGGAACUCAAAACCAGGGCUUCGUCUUUACGCAAGUCGUGAACACCACCGACCCAGUCUUCUUCUAUUGCGGAACCCCCACCCACUGCCAAAAGGGAAUGUUCGGAAUCAUCAACCCUCCCAAUGCUUUCGCUGCUCCAUCAUCUGUCUCUUCCAUGAUGCCUGCUCUUGCUGCCAACAACUCUGACGUCGCCGCGUACGCUUCGUACACCAGCAAGCAGACCUCUGGCAAUGCGGCUGCUUCCUCCUGGGGUAACAACAUUGACAUGAGCUCCCUCCCCGAGUGGUCCCACUCCUACGUCGCCGAGAACGUCAUGUACACUCGUACUUUCCUUGCCCAGAAUGCCGAAGUUAUCAAGGAUGAUGGUUCAAUCGAUCUCAGCGCCGGUGGCUCUACCCCUUUGAUGAUCCCUCAGGACCUCAGCGCCGCUCUUGCCAGUGCUGCACCCGCUGCCAGCAGCGCUCCUGCUGCUCCUGCUGCUAGCUCUCCCUCCACCGCCAGCGCUGCGCCUGAGACCUCUGGCAACCCUUCCAGCAGUGGUGCUAUCGCAACAUCCUCCUCUAAGAUUGCCGUCGGCCUCGUUGCUGCCUUCGCCACUUUCAUGAUGUUGUAA